UUUUUCACCACCUUCCUUCAUUACCCUACUUUUCCAGUCGGCAUUCCUUUUCAUUUCCACAUUCCUUCAAAUACUCUCUCUCUCUGUAGCUGAAACUUAUUCAUUGUGUUCAAUGCUCAGAUAGUCUAAUGGGAACUCCAGUAAACAUAAUUGUUGGAUCGCAUGUUUGGGCUGAAGAUCCUGAAGCUGCCUGGAUCGAUGGGCAAGUGUUGGAGAUUAAAGGAUCGGAUGCAACCAUACUUACCACAAACGGCAACACUAUAGUUGCAGCUAUUUCAAGCAUAUAUCCAAAGGAUACUGAAGCGCCCCCUUCCGGGGUUGAUGAUAUGACCAAGUUAGCGUACCUCCACGAGCCAGGGGUGUUACACAAUCUCGCCUGUCGCUUUUCUCUCAAUGAGAUAUAUACUUACACGGGGAACAUUUUGAUAGCAGUGAAUCCUUUCCGGAGGUUGCCACAUCUGUACGAUAUCCACAUGAUGCAGCAGUACAAAGGAGCUGCUUUCGGAGAGCUGAGUCCGCAUCUCUUUGCCGUUGCAGAUACCUGCUACAGGUCGAUAAUCAAUGAACAUGGAAGCCAGUCUAUCUUGGUGAGUGGAGAGAGUGGAGCUGGAAAGACGGAAACAACGAAAAUGCUAAUGAGAUAUCUAGCAUUCAUGGGAGGGAGGUCUGGCACAGAAGGAAGAACAGUAGAGCAACAGGUUUUGGAGUCAAAUCCAGUUUUGGAAGCAUUUGGCAAUGCAAAAACUGUUAAAAAUAACAAUUCCAGUCGUUUUGGAAAAUUUGUCGAAAUCCAAUUCGAUAAGCAGGGGAAGAUCUCAGGGGCUGCAGUUCGGACUUAUCUCCUAGAAAGAUCGCGUGUUUGCCAAGUCUCUGAUCCGGAGAGGAACUACCAUUGCUUUUACAUGCUUUGUGCAGCGCCUCCAGAGGAAGUGAAGAGGUACAAGCUUGGACAUCCAAGAUCAUUUCACUAUUUGAAUCAAAGUAAUUGUUAUGAGGUGGCGAAUGUAGAUGAUGCCAGAGAAUACCUGGAAACCAGAAAUGCCAUGGACAUUGUUGGAAUCAGCCAGGAUGAGCAGGAAGCUAUAUUCCGUGUAGUGGCUGCUAUACUCCAUUUGGGGAAUAUAGAGUUUCUCAAGGGGAGUGAAGUAGAUUCAUCUAAGCUAAAAAAUGAUAAGUCGCGCUAUCACCUUCAGACAGCGGCUGAGCUACUACAGUGCAGUGAGAAGGCACUUGAGGACUCUCUUUGCAAGCGUGUCAUUGUUACCCCCGAUGGGAGCAUCACAAAACCACUCGAUCCUGCUGCAGCUGUCACAAGCAGGGAUGCUUUUGCAAAGACAGUAUAUUCCAGAUUAUUUGAUUGGAUCGUGGACAAGAUAAACAAUUCGAUUGGUCAAGAUCCGAAUGCUAAAAGCAUAAUUGGAGUCCUAGAUAUUUAUGGGUUCGAGAGCUUCAAGAUCAACAGUUUUGAGCAGUUGUGUAUCAACCUAACGAACGAGAAGUUGCAACAGCACUUCAAUCAGCAUGUUUUCAAGAUGGAACAAGAGGAGUAUACAAAGGAGGAAAUUGACUGGAGCUAUGUUGAGUUCGUAGACAAUCAAGACGUUUUAGAUCUUAUCGAAAAGAAACCAGGAGGAAUAAUUGCUCUUCUUGAUGAAGCCUGCAUGUUUCCAAAGUCAACUCAUGAAACUUUCGCGCAGAAGAUGUACCAGACUUAUAAAGCUCACAAACGGUUCAGCAAGCCGAAACUUGCUAGAACCGACUUCACCAUAAAUCACUAUGCUGGUGAUGUAACCUAUCAAGCAGAUCAAUUUCUCGACAAAAAUAAGGAUUAUGUUAUUGCAGAACAUCAAGCUCUUUUGAAUGAUUCCACCUGCUCAUUUGUUGCAAAUCUUUUCCCUUCAUUGCCUGAAGAAACAUCAAAGCAAUCCAAGUUUUCCUCCAUCGGCGCCCGCUUCAAACAACAAUUACAAUCAUUAAUGGAAACCCUGAGCACAACAGAGCCACAUUACAUCAGAUGUGUGAAGCCAAAUACAGUUCUGAAACCUGGGAUAUUUGAGAACUUCAAUGUCUUGAACCAGUUGAGAUGUGGAGGUGUACUAGAGGCCAUAAGAAUAAGCUGUGCAGGGUAUCCAACAAAAAGAACAUUUGAUGAGUUUAUAGACCGGUUUGGAAUGCUAGCUCCGGAUAUUGUGGAUGGGUCAGAUGAGAAAUUAGGAUGUGUUGCAAUAUGUGACAGAAUGGGCUUAAAAGGCUAUCAGAUUGGGAAAAGCAAGGUGUUUCUCAGAGCGGGGCAGAUGGCUGAAUUAGAUGCUAGAAGAGCAGAAGUUGUGGCUCAUGCUGUCAGGCGCAUUCAAAGGCAAAUCCGAACUCACCUUACAAGGAAAGAGUUUAUAAUUCUACGAAAGGCGUCCAUAAAUAUCCAGAAACUUUGGAGAGCACGGAUCGCAUGUAAGCUUUAUGAACACAUGAGGAGAGAAGCUGCUUCAAUCCGAAUACAGAAACAUGCACGUACUCGUGCAGCAAGAAAUUCAUACAUCAAAUUGCAGGAGGCAGCGUUAGUAAUUCAAACUGGCUUACGAGCAAUGGCAGCACGGAAUGAGUUCAGACGCAGAAGACGAAACAAAGGAGCAACAAUCAUUCAGACACAAUGGAGAAGUUUCUAUGCCCUUUCUGCCUAUAAACGUCUCAAGAAAGCCAACCUUUCACUUCAAUGCCUAUGGCGAGCUAGAAUAGCUAGAAAAGAGCUUCGGAAGUUAAGAAUGGAAGCAAGAGACACAGGAGCCCUCAAGGAAGCAAAGGACAAGCUGGAAAAGCGUGUUGACGAGCUAACAUGGAGAUUAGACAUUGAAAAACACCUACGGAUGGAUAUUGAAGAAUCUAAGGGCCAGGAAAUAGCAAAACUGCAGAAUGUUUUACAGGAUAUGCAAACGCAGCUUCAGGAAGCUCAAGCUGCAAUUAUUCAUGAAAGAGAAGCUGCCAAGAUAGCAAUUGAACAAGCCCCGCCAGUCAUCAAAGAGGUACCGGUUGUUGACAACACGAAGGUGGAGCAAUUGACAAAUAAAAACCACGAACUCGAGGAAGAGAUCACUGAAUUGAAGAAGAAGGUAGAGGAGUUUGAGCAAGCUUAUUCAAAGGUGGAACUAGAAAGCAAUGCCAGAUUUAAAGAAGCAGAAGAGGCACAAAUGAAAGCUGCACAACUGCAAGAGAGCAUCGAAAGAUUAGAAUCGAACCUAUCUAAUCUCGAGUCUGAGAAUCAGGUGCUACGUCAGCAGGCUCUGGUUUUAUCAGCUCAGGAGGGCUUGACUGAGGAAAUGGAACUACUGAGGGAGAAGAUUAAAGAUUUGGAGUCGGAGAACAUGUUGCUUCACAGUCAAAAAGUUGUUGUGCAACAAAUACAAAGUUCUGAUGUUGUGCAACAAAUACAGAGUUCUGAUGUUGUGCCACAAAUACAGAAUUCUGAUGUUGUGCAACAAAUACAGAGUACUGAUGAUGAUCAAGUUAUCUCAACAGUAAAGAAUUUGGACAAUGGAUACGAGGACCAUAAUGGCCUGGACACUGUGGAACAUCAACCAGCAACAAAAGUAGACCAGCAGAUCAAUGAAGUGAUUAAGGAUUCUGAGGUUAUUCCCCCUCCUCUCUCUAAACAGAGAUCCUUGACGGAUAGACAGCAGGAAAAUCAUGACGCACUGAUCAAAUGUCUUCUAGAAGACAGCCGCUUUGAUAAGAAUAGGCCAGUUGCUGCCUGCAUCGUCUACAGAACACUCAUACAGUGGAGAUCCUUCGAAGCAGAUAAAACUAAUAUAUUUGAUAGGAUUAUUCAUGCAAUCCAAUCAUCAAUUGAGAACCAGGACAGCACAAAGAAUCUGGCUUAUUGGCUGUCAACAACUUCAACUCUUUUGUUUCUUCUGCAAAGAACGAUCAAGGCAAGCAACUCAUCAGCAGCAGCUUCGAGAAGAAACAGAAGUUCACCCAUCUCGUUUUUUGGUAGAAUGGCACAGGGGCGGUCAUCUUCUAUGAUCAUGGGACUAUCUAGUGGCUACAGCGGAAUGGAGGGCAACCCCAUCACCAAAUCAAGGAUUGAAGCAAAAUACCCGGCUUUGCUGUUUAAGCAACAUCUCACAGCAUGUGUCGAGAAAAUAUAUGGGAUGAUUCGCGAUGGCUUAAAGAAAGAGAUCAGUCCAUUUCUUAAUUUAUGUAUACAAGCACCAAGAGUUGCGAGGAUCAGACCGGUAAAAGGGUCCUCUAAAACCAUCCAUUCACAUAAUAUGAAACAACAGAGCUCUAGCCUACACUGGCAAACCAUCGUCCAUUGCUUCGAUCAUACCAUGAAAAUACUGUCUGAAAAUUAUGUUGCACCAACCAUCACAAGGAAGAUUUUCAGCCAAGUAUUCUCAUUCAUAAAUGUUCAACUUUUCAAUAGCUUACUGCUACGCCGUGAAUGCUGUUCAUUUAGCAACGGUGAAUAUGUUAAGGCAGGUUUACAAGAACUGGAGAACUGGUGUGUGAAAGCAACACCUGAGUAUGCUGGAUCCUCGUGGGACGAACUACAACACAUAAGACAAGCUAUAGCUUUUCUGGUCCUGCACCAGAAAACUCACAAGUCCUUGGAUGAGAUCACGAGUGAACUCUGCCCGGUAUUGAGUAUUGCACAAAUAUAUAGAAUCGGAACCAUGUUUUGGGAUGAUAAAUAUGGAACCCAAGGAUUAUCUACCGAGGUGAUUGCAAAGAUGAAAGCUCUGACAGUAGAAGAUUCAAUUAGCUCACCAAACAAUACAUUCUUGCUGGAUGUAGAUUCAAGCAUACCUUUCUCCAUUGAUGAGAUAUCACAGUCGUUCCAGGAUAUCAAUGUAUCAGAUGUGAAUCCGCCGCCUCUUCUUCGUCAAAGAUCAGACUUCCAUUUUCUGUUGCAGAUAGCAGAAUCAUAAUUCUGCACAAUCGCCAAUUUUGAUUUGAUUCAGCAUAUAGAUAUGAUGAAUACACAUUGUUUUUUCCCCUUUUGAGUGGUGAGGGAGUGAGUGUGAGUGUGAGCGUUCAAAAUGUAAAUCCCCUUCUUUUCAUUCUACCAUUAAUUUCUCUGUUUUGAUUCACAACAUUUAUCCAAUUACUAUUAUUUGUGUAAA